AGUCACUAUCCACAGCAGCGUAUGCGACAAUGCAGCGGCACCACCACCAUGCAACAGCGUUUCAGUAACGGGGGAUAUUUGUGGAUACUGACACCUGUUGCUGCUAGUAUUUCCGUUGCCAUUGUAAUGGCCGCGAUUGCUGGACCACAGUGGCUUUUCACCGAGGAAAAACUGCCAAAUGCCAAUUACAAUGGCACUGCUAAUUUCAAUUUGAUGGACGAUGGCGCCUAUAUAACAAAAUACACCAAAUCAAGUCUAUGGAUUUUAUGCACAGCUUUGCAAGGGGCAUUUUUAAAUCUGGGGCAAAGUGAGAUGCGGUGCAUAAAAAUUGACUACUUCCCCAAGGAAGGCUACCAGCCGGAUCCGCACGAUUCAACUCCAGCGAUACCGUACACCGUCACCAAGUCGUGUCCAUUCUUUCUGGCAUCCGGUGUUUUUCUUCUGAUCAGCUUUAUCGUCUUCCUCGUGCCAACCUGUUCACAUCAGAAUAAUUUAUAUUACUUUAGUGCGGGCAUAAUGUUUAUUGUCUCAGGUUUAUUAAUGCUCAUCGGAUUAAUUGCAUACAUAUCCAUCCUAAAGGCGGAAAUAGGUUCAAAAUUGCGAUCGAGGUCCUCUUUGCAGCCGCCACUCUUCAAGGUUACCUAUGGACAAAGUUUCUUUCUGUUCGUUAUUGGCUUCAUAACGACUGAGUUUGUGGGGCUUUUGAACAUUUUUCUAUACAUCAGUCUGCAAGAAAUUGGAUAUUACAAUCGGUUGCCGUGCUUCAAUAUCACCAAUCUACAGGAAAAGCUGAAAGAGAACGAAACUCCUCACAGUCACACCUAUAAAAGCUAUAAACAUUCCUCGUCCUCGGUAGCCGUCGCACCCACUGUGCGCAAGCCCCAGCAGGGUCCUCGACUAAGCACCAAUAACCUUCAUCAGGUGCACAAUGUGUGUAUGGCGUCACCCGCAGCCGAAAUGGAAUUGGAUAGUAAAAAGCUGUUGCAACACAUGCCUGGCUUUGUUCCGUGUCGCAAGCAUCCGAAUGCGGCAGAGGCAUUCGUCAACACAGAAAUGGAGCGCAGGUAUUAUUUCGAGAAAUCACAACAACCGAAAUGCAAUUUGCAUUCGAGGAACUUUGCCAAAUCGCUUAAUGAACUCUACACCGAGCCAUCGCCCGAUUUGCCACCACCGCCACCUUCAGCGAUUAAAAUGGGCGGCACCUCGCAAACAUUUCCCCGCAUGCCACAGCAGAUCGCACGGUUCGGCGACUUCACGCAAGACUUUCCGCUCACCCGCAGCGUUUCGACUACCACAGAUAUUUAUCCCAGCAACAAUUUCAGACACACAACACCGCAUGUGGAGCGUAAAAGUCGACGCAACAUGGCGACAAACACACGACCUCUUGACCCAGCCACACUAAGCGAAAGUGAACGCGGCGGCGGUGAAAGUGAAAUUGAAAGAAAUCUGCCACGGCGUCGCCAAUUGGCCGAUAGCCAGUCUGACAGCAAUUACGAUGAUGAUGAACCACAGCGGCUGUGCGGCUUAAAACGGGGCAUACGUAAGACAAAGGAUGAACUUUUUCAGGAGUUUUGCAAACGUGCUGGAAUGCGUCCAAAACCGAAAAACAUUUACUUCAUUGCCAGCGAAGAAGAUGCGAUGGCGACAUCUGACGAUGAAACGCAACGACGUCGUCUCAAUAAAGCCGCAAAUUGUUUUGAUAGUGGGCAACGUAGUAACAGUGGGCGCCGUAAUUUUGGCAGAGAGAGUGAUGAAGUAAAUGAAGAGCAGAACGCCAGGGAAGCGCAGGAUGACGAUGAAGGAGAAGGUGGCUUUUCGCAGAUACAAGAUGAUGAGGAGCGCAUCUACGUCAUUCAAGAUAAUACUCAGUAUGGGACAAACCCAAUGUUUCGUAAUUUACGUCGUUCCUCCAUGUUCGUUGAGCCAACACACCUAAACAAGCUCAACUCCAAUCUCUCGCUGGCUACGCUAUACCCGCCCGAAGCGUCUACGCAAAAAAGCGCUUUUGGUAACGAACGCAGCGACUCAGCAUUGGAAAUCUGGCCACCGCCGCCCAGCUUUAGCAACGGUGAGCCCUACUACGCAGCUGGCAAAAGUGCCUACUAUGGUUCGCAAAAUCGUCUGCACCAAAACUAUCAACCCAAUGUCCAAAUAUACCAGAGCCGUACACUGCCGCGUUCAUUCCUAAAGAGUCACACGAACUCGCAAAACAGCAUCGGCUCAGGCUCGUUGCAUGCAAGCGCGUCUGCGUUGCACAACACUUAUAGCAGCAGCCAAACCCGCCUGACCAAUCUAAUGAUACAACAUCCGCAACAACAACAACAACUACAACCACAAAAUCUUUAUUUAUCGCAAUCACAAGCCGCGGAUAUAUACAAUUCAAGCUUUGCUAUGCAUAAAUCCAAUGAGGAUCUCGUUUCGUUACGGCCCAGCAGCAAAUAUGACGAGCGAAGAUUACAACGUCCACAGAACUCAGCCAACCAGCACAAUAUGAGCAAUGAUAGUCGUCUACAGCAAACGGCAGUGCAUUGGCCUGCCGCCAUACCAUCCUCACCGUCCGGGUACGCGCCUAACUACCAACAAAUACAACAACUGGGCGCACCGACAGCGCGUACCCAUCCGACAGCUCCGCAUCUGGCACACACGCUUUUGACGCGUUCCUUCAGUAGCAACACCAGCGGCGGCGCAGACAGCGGCAUCGGCAGCGGAGGCGGUAGUGGUAGUGUGGUGAAUGUACCGUCGAAAUUUCAGCGCGCCUAUGCGUUUGACGAACAGCGGCGACCAAGCGGCAUGUUAGGCGAAACCUACGACCCAAACGAGCUUGAACGCGAGCGACGACGUUCACAUGCCAGUGUCUACAGUGGCAUAUCAAUAAUGGGUGGCCCAAAUGGCACCGGCGGCAUCAAUGGCACUGACCACUACGACUUGAUUAAUGGCACUGCGGUGUGAGUGGGGGCAUAGCGUACCAUCGCUGGCUUGCCGUAAAUGGAGUUCUUUGUUAGAUUGGUGGGUGGUACUCGUAGCAACGGCAGCAGCAUCAGUCGAAUGAUAAUAGCCGCGAGCAGAGCUUUGUAGAGGCAGAGCAAAACGAAAAUUGAUGAUUGUCGAUUACUAGUGGUUUUUACGUCAGCUUCGCCCCACCAGCCAAAAGGCCACAAUGGCCGUCUUAGUGUAUAAGUAAUUAAAACCGAAACUUAGGAAAAUAAUGUUGCACUGCCAGCUUAGAAAGGAAGGAGCAGUCGAAAUGUGUAGACAAUAGAGGUUAAAAAGUAUUUGCAAUUGGAAUUUCGACUUAGUGGACUGUAGAAAAUUUAUGGUUAACAAAAUCUAUACUCUAAGUAACUAAAUGCACUGAUUUAAACGUGAAUGUGUUGUAAUUUAUAUG